GUCGCUGCCUGCCAUGACUACAACGCCGCAUGCCCGCCUGCCGCUCCGCGCAUUGACAAGAUGCGGCUGUGCUUGGUGAGCGGCGGGAAGUUUGCAGAGCGUGUGCCAAAGGAGCACGUGGCACGACAGCUCAUACUGGGGGUGCUGGACACGCAGCUGGAAGAGUCGCGAUCUGCGGAUGCGCUGCCCGAGGUUCAGUUUGCCUACGAUGGCGAUGUCUUUCGACAAGCGUGGGAUGCAUUUGUCGGAAGCCAGACUUGACGUGAAAGAAACAGCGCAGC